UCAAUUGAGAGGAUAAUGAGUUGUUAGUUUGUUACUUUUCCAACAACAAAACACCAAACUAGCUACUAGCUCCACAAAACUAAAGGGUUUUGUAGAGUUACAAGUUUCAUUCUUCCACGAUGGUUGACCUUGUAGCUCUAACUCUUUAAUGUUUCGUAUUUGCUAGCAAGUUUUUUCCUUCCACAAAUGUUCAUGCUCUACCAAUGAGGUCUUGGUCUAAUGAUUAAGACUGAGCGUGUAUGUAUUAUCAGAUUAACUAUUGCAUUGGAGAUAUGGACUUUUGCUUCAGAGAAUUAGCCGGGGAGUCGCUUCCUUCCGACCAGGAUAUCCUUCGAUGUCCAUUUUUAAGGAAUAUGGAUGCACCAACACAUUUUUCUUUUUCAUCUUCACUGGCCAUGUCUCUUCCUAUGCGUGGAGGUGGAUCCAAAGGUCCAAUUUUUGAAGAUGGUCCCAAUUUUGACAUGGCAUUCAGGAUAUUCCAUGGUCGUGAUGGAGUUGUCCCGCUUUCUGGGAGAUCACAUUUGCGAUCUGAGAAUAUGGAGAUUGAUCCCCCUGCACCUAUGUUUAAUCCUUUAGCUGCAAGAGCUGCCACCAUCAGUCUUUCAGGUUUUGGAGCUGGAUGGCCCUUCAGCUUUGAUGCCUUCUCUCAAAAGUGGAAAAAUCAAAAGAAAAAAUCCCAAUCAUCAAAGGGAGGAGAUGGAAAACACGAGGCGUUGAGUAACGAGUGGAUGAAAACAGGAAAUUGUCCUAUAGCUAAGUCGUAUAGGGCUGUAAGCCGUGUUGUGCCACUGGUAGCCAAGGUCCUUCAGCCCCCACCUGGCGUGAAAUUUGAAUGUCCACGUGCCAUUGUUGUGGCUCGAGCAGCUCUUGCUCGAACUGCCUUAGCAAAGAACCUUCGGCCUCAACCACUGCCCGCGAAAAUGCUGGCGAUUGGAGUCCUGGGUAUGGCAGUAAAUGUUCCUUUGGGUAUAUGGAGAGAACACACCAAGAAGUUUUCUCCUGCUUGGUUUGCAGCUGUUCAUGCAGCAGUCCCAUUCUUAGGUAUGUUGAGGAAAUGUGUCCUGAUGCCUAAAACUGCUAUGGCAUUUACUAUAGGAGCAUCUAUACUGGGUCAGGUUAUUGGGUCAAGGGCUGAGCGCUACCGUUUGAAGGCCAAAGCUGCAAAAAACUCUGCCAUAACUGAAGUUGUAGUCGGUGAACCGAAAAUGAUGCAGGUGGUCACAGUCAACAGCAACGGGCACUGCGGUGAUAUGGUGAAGUGGGACCCACUUACCCUUCAUGGUAGUCAGCCUUCGCCAUCAGCUGGUGUCUGCGCCUUCUAAAAUUAAUUUCUGGAAAUUCCAGAAACUGUAUCCCCAUAUUUGUGCAUUUACUUGUAUCAUUACUAUUACUUGCCAUGUAUGUUCUCCAAGCAAGUACUCCAAAUGAGGCUAAUGUACUGUAACUUUUUCUUUAACUGUGUGUGAAACAAUUGAGUUUGAUUAUCAGAUGAAAUCCAGUGCUUGAUAGUAAUAAAUUGGAGGUGCGUUUUCUCCUGUGUGAUAAACAA